CGAGGCGAAGGCGGGCGGUGGAGGCGGUGCGGGAAGCUUCGGAGAAGUGGGGGUUCUUCCAGGUGACCAACCACGGGAUCUCCGGUGGGGUUGUGGAGGAGAUGAUAGGCGGAGUGAGGGGUUUCUUCGAGCAGGAGACGGCGGCGAAGAAGGAAUGGUACACCCGGGAUUUGUUUAAGAGUGUCGUGUACAACAGCAACUUUGACCUCUUCUCUGCUCCCUCUGCUAAUUGGAGGGACACUUUCUACUGCGUCAUGGCUCCUAACCCUCCCCAUCCCCAACAACUCCCUCCCGUUUGCAGGGACAUCCUUAUCAAAUACUCCAAUGAAGUUCAAAAGUUGGGGCGUGUUUUGUUCGGACUAUUGUCCGAGGCCUUGGGCCUCCACCCCAACUAUCUGGAGGACAUUGAGUGCAACAAGGGGUUAGGAAUCCUGGGUCAUUACUACCCGCCUUGCCCGGAACCACACUUGACUUUAGGCACCAGCCAGCAUGCCGACAGCGAUUUUCUCACGGUUUUGCUCCAAGAUGAGAUUGGCGGCCUCCAAGUUCUUCACGACAGCCGGUGGGUUGAUGUUCCCUAUGUCCCCGGAGCCCUGGUCGUCAACAUUGGCGAUCUUCUCCAGGCAAGCAAGCUCCUUCCUUUUAAUAACCUUUAUUGGGAUAAUUUGCUUGUGACGAAUGAUCGGUUCAAGAGCUCAGAGCACAGAGUGGUGGCUAACGAGCGUGGCCCGAGGAUAUCGGUGGCAUGUUUCUUUAGCACAUACUUUUUGCCAAUGCCGCGGCGUUAUGGACCGAUUAAGGAGCUAGUGUCGGAGGAGAAUCCGGCAAAGUACAGGGAAACCACAGUUAACGAGUAUCUGUCACAUUAUCAUGCAAAGGGGCUUGAUGGAACUUCUGCCUUGUUGCACUUUAGGCUCUAAAUGUGGCAUUCUCGAGCUGUUAUUAAUUAGAAGCACAUAAUUAAUAAUGCAAUCUAUGGGGGGCAAAAUGAGAUGAACAAGUCAACAAACAUCAUUGGCAGACUGGUUGAGGUACUUAAGUUAUUAAAUAGCAGUACAAUAUAAGGCUGCAUUGCCAAUAUGAGAUGAACAAGUCAACAAACAUCAUUGGCAGUGUGUUGUAUCACUUGUAUGUCGUUAUAUGUGUUCAUUU